GAAUAAAUUUCAUGGUUGAAAUCACGUGACCUUGCGAACGACCUCUAAUUUGGCACAAACGUAUCCGUCAUUUGGUCCUCCUUUAUUAUAUUCUGAAAUAUAUUUCGAAGUGCUCGUGGACAAUUUUUGGGUAACUAUACAAUCUGAAAAAAGUCUUUUUCGAUAAACUUUAACUAUUUCAAUUCGGUAGUGCGAAUAGAUAUUGUUAAAGCGAUCAAGAUAUGAUACGUACCACGGCGAGGCUACGUAAUGAUUUGGCACGCACGAUACUUCGAAGUGGUGUGGGCACUAACAUCGUUAGAACCGUGAUCAUUAGAUGUCUUCACAGAAAAUAUUUACAAAGGAUUCAGGUCCACGAUAGUUUACGUUUUACGGUGAUACCAUGGCAGCAGCAAUUACGGUUUUAUGCAGACUUUCCUGACCAUGUUAAAGUACAAUUACCUGCACUUUCUCCUACUAUGGAAACGGGCACUAUUGUAAGUUGGCAAAAAAAAGAAGGAGAUAAAUUAAAUGAAGGUGAUUUAUUAGCAGAAAUUGAAACAGAUAAAGCAACAAUGGGAUUUGAAACACCAGAAGAAGGUUAUUUAGCUAAAAUACUUGUACCUGCUGGAUCAAAAAAUGUACCGAUAGGCAAACUUGUUUGCAUCAUUGUUCCAAAUGAAGAAUCAGUUCCUGCUUUUAAAGACUUUAAAGAUGAUACAGUAGCAGCACCUAUUGCACCAUCAGCACCUGCUGCGCCUGCUCCACCAACACCUGCUGCACCAACGCCUGCUGCACCAACACCUGCAGUUGCACUUUCACCUACGAAAGUCACACCAGGAGAAAGGGUAUAUGCCAGUCCAUUAGCUAAAAGAAUUGCUGCAGAAAAAGGACUUAGUUUAGAGGGCCUAAAAGGUACAGGUUUAUACAGUUCCAUAACAUCUAAAGAUCUCGAAGGUGCUCCAGUUGCUGCAAAACCAACUGUACCAGCGAAAGGAGUUGAUGUCGCAGAUGGCAUUGAUGUCCCUGUUUCAAAUAUACGGGCAGUUAUAGCAAAACGUCUACUUGAAAGCAAAAGAAGUAUUCCUCAUUAUUACCUAUCAAUAGAUAUAAAAAUGGAUGCAGCAUUAGCAAUGCGAGAGCAAUUUAAUAAGAUGUUAGAGAAAGAGAAAAUAAAAGUAAGCGUAAAUGAUAUUAUUAUAAAAGGAAUGGCAAUGGCUUGUAAAAAAGUACCCGAAGGUAAUAGUGCUUGGAUGGGAGAUGUUAUAAGACAGUAUAAUAAUGUAGAUGUAAGCGUAGCAGUAAGCACAGAAUCUGGUUUAAUUACACCUAUAGUAUUUAGUGCCGAUACAAAAGGUAUUGUCGAAAUUAGCAAAGAUGUGAAGGCAUUAGCAGCCAAAGCAAGGGAGGGAAAGCUGCAGCCACAAGAAUUUCAAGGAGGCACAAUAACUGUUUCGAAUUUGGGAAUGUUUGGCAUUAAAAACUUUUCUGCUAUUAUAAACCCACCUCAAUCUAUUAUUCUUGCAGUAGGUUCAACAGAAGUAAGAUUAAUACCUGCAAAGAAUGAAAAAGGAUUCAUAACUGCCCAAUAUAUAUCUGUAACAGCUAGUUGUGACCAUCGCACAGUAGAUGGUGCGGUAGGUGCACAGUGGCUUUCAGCCUUUAAAAACUUCAUGGAAAAUCCAACAUCCAUGCUUUUGUAGUAAGUCUCAACAAGUGUCUUCAUUCAGAAGUGAAAGGUGAUACAUGUCCAAUGUAUUUAUAUAUAUUAUAUAUUGAGUUUUUAAUUAUGCAUUUUCGAUAGACUGAUCAUUUUUUACGAUCUAAAAGCGAUUUUUAGAAAUGGAAUCUUUUUACAGAAAUACAUUAUUACGUGAAGCAACAUUAUAUCGUGAAAAGCUAAUCACUAAUUUAGUGAUACAUGCUUUUUUUGAUUAAUGUCAUCAAUGUUGCUAUGAUAAAUGCACGUAAAAGAUUAAGGACUAUCAUCUGAAAGUGUCUUUAAAAAGAAAAAAUCAAUCUGAAAUAUUUUAUGUUCAAUGUAGAAGACAUACUGCCAAUUUAGUUCUAACAAUUGAUUGAAUGAUCUAAAAAUGAAUGAAAUGAAUUCUUGGUAAAUAUCUAUUAAACAUCUGAAUUAGUGUGCCAAUAAUAUCUUGGUAUCGAUCUUCGGUGGCCACUUGUACAUAUAUGUAUUUAUGUAAAUUGCUUUGUUUAUAUAGCUCGAAAAAUGACCAUCAAAUUAAUUACCAAGAAAUUGAUGAAAUACAAAUUAAAAAAUAAACUUUAUUUAAUAAAUGUA